AGUAGAAAAGGCAAUUUAUCAGCAAGACCAAUUAUAUUAUUACAUCUCGCGGACGUUUUCUCACCUGCAAUUUAUUGAAUAACAGCAUCUUGCAAAACACGGAUGACAUUUGGAUUUGUAAAUUCCUGUAGUAAAGAGAUUUAUUUGCCAUGAAAACUACUCAAAGCAUAUACGAUGCUGUGCUGCAACAUAUGCAAAACGGCAACUUUUCUUUCAACUACACUUUGAGCUGGCCACCACUAGAACAGGGUGAGUACCCUAUCAUCUACAAAACAGGGAGGACAUUUUACGCCUAUUUUACACCAGUGAUUCUCAUCGUUGGCUUCAUAGGAAAUUCUCUGUCCUUUAAUGUGUUUAUGUCUAAAGGAAUGCGAAACCUUUCAGCAAGUGUUUAUCUUGCUGCCUUGUCUGCUACUGAUCUUGUGACCCUGCUCUGUUACGUCAUGGUUGAAUGGUUUCGCAGAGGAUUAGUUUACUUACAGCCUGAGUGGAAAGUUAGCUUUGUGGAUACUGAUUAUUUAUGUCAGUUUCAAAUGUACACUUCGUAUGUGUCACGAAUGUCGUCUGUUUGGCUAGUGGUUGCUUUCACGGUGGAGAGGUACAUUGGUGUUUGCCAUCCACUUCGGCGGAUUGAUAUAUGCACUGUAAGUAGUGCCCGUAGAAUAGUGAUUGGCAUAUUUGUUACGUCUCUAACACUUGUUCUGUAUAAACCAUUCCUGACUGGAGUUUUCAUCAGUGGAAAUGGGAAUAAAUAUUGUACCACGUAUCCGAAAUACAGCCUUGAAUCGUUCAUUGUUGACAGUAUAUACGGUCUUUUAAUCACCAUUAUACCUUUUACAAUCAUCUCAGUGAUGAAUUUUCUCAUCAUCAACAGACUCUUUGCCAGAAAACGAAAGCAGAAAAAGACAAGAAUUCUAUCAGAGGAAGCAUUAGUGCGUUUAGAAUUUACUUCAAUUCUAUUUGUGAUUUCAUUUUGCUUCGUAGUAUUCAACAUACCAUUCCUUAUCAUGUGGAUCCGGAACUUCUUCCACUCCAAAUACAUUUCAAAUCAGAUUCAUGAACCGUCAUACAAAGUGGACUACUGGCGGGGAGUUCUCUACAUAACGCGUACUAUUUUUUACGCAAAUUAUUGCAUUAAUUUUUUCUUGUAUAGUCUGACAGGAGCUUACUUCAGACGUGGUCUGAAAGCUCUGUUCUGUAGGACGUCUGAAAGACUCCUUAGAUCCCACAGUAUUUUAACAAGAUACAAUUCACAUUCGCAUACCAAUCAGUCCUGGGUGUAACUAAUUGACCUUGUUCAACUUUUUAAAUUAUUUCUUAAAUAUAGUACUAAUUAAAAGAAAAUAAAGAUAUGUUUCCAUA